AUGGUUUCGACCGAGUCCUCGGCGGCUUCAACGGCAACAGUCUCCUCCACUCUGCGAUGGCGGGCAGUUCAGGGCAAAGACGCCCCUGAUACCUUGGCGUUCGGCACUGCAGAUGAAGAGGAAGAGAUCCGCACGAAACUCGACCGCAGCCACGCCGCAGACGACGAGAAGUGCAGGUUGUUGCUGCCCGAAGCUCCGCAGCUCACUCUGGAGUGGAGGGACUUGGCCCUCCGCGUCCCCGUUGCCAAUGAGCCGGGCGCGAUGGACAAGGUCAUUCUGCACGACGCCAAUGGCGUCGCCCGACCCGGGGAGCUGCUGGCCAUCAUGGGGCCGUCGGGCGCUGGCAAGAGCUCGCUGCUGGACUGUUUGUCCGGGAGGAAUGGCAAUGCUGAAGGCCGCAUCAUGAUCAAUGGGGUGGAAGGGUGGACACCCAAGCGCCGCAGAAUGGUGGCGUACGCCAUGCAGGACGAGUUGUUCCAUGCCACGCUAACGGUGCGGGAGCAUUUGGUGUUCCAGGCGAGGCUGAGGCUCGGUGGACAGGUGAGCAAGAAGGGGUGCCUGGAUCGAGCGAAUGCGGUCAUCGAGGAGCUGGGGCUCACGGGCUGCAGGGACACGCUGAUCGGAGGGUGGAUGCUGCGCGGCAUCUCCGGCGGCGAGAGGAAGCGGCUGGCGUUCGCGUCGGAGAUUCUGACGAACCCGGCGGUGCUGUUUGUGGACGAGCCGACGUCGGGACUCGAUAGCUGCAUGGCGCGUGCUGUGGUGGAGCAGUUGAUGCAGCUCGCGACCAAGCGCACAGUCGUGACUGCGAUCCACCAGCCGUCCUCGGAGGUGUUUGCUCUCUUUGAUCGGCUAUAUCUGCUUGCGGAGGGCGCGACGGUGUUUGAGGGGCCUCCGUGUGAAGCCAUUUCGCAUUUCGCUUCGCUGGGACUUCCAUGCCCGCAGUUUAUGAAUCCUGCAGACCAUUUCAUGGAGCAGCUUGUGGUGCUGGAGCGAGCGACGGACCACGAAGGAUUGGCCCGGGUCCAGCGCCUGAAGGAUACGUGGGCUGAGCAACAGCAAAAGCAUCAAGCUCAACAGCCGAGCGACGCAGUUGAUGUUGUAGUCUACGAAGUGGAAGGACGCGAGGAGAAUGACGUUGAAGGUCCCGAGUACGACUACGAGAGCGCGCAUCUACCGCUUUGGGGCCAGAUUGAAGUUCUCGCACAUCGUAAUGCGCUCCGACUGGCGCGAGACCCCAUGGCCUUCCGUCUGCAGGUGCUGCAGACGUUCAUCUUCGCGUUCCUGCUGGGGCUCAUCUACUUCCAGCUCCAGAUAGAUCAGAAGGGCAUCCGCAACUUCUCAGGCGCCUUCUUCUACAUCGUGACGGACCAAGUGUACUCCGCUUCGAUGCCUGCUAUCAUCUCUGUGCCCGUGGAGCUCCCUAUCGUCUACCGCGAGCUGGACGUGGGUCUGUACCGUAUCGGCGCGUGGUUCCUCGCCAAGAACCUCUGUGAGUUGCCGUCACAAUUGGCGCUGCCCACGCUCAACCUCGUCCCGAUCUACGUGCUGAUCUUCGGCUUCUUCGGCAGUCCAGGCUUCUGGGUGUUCAUGCAGAUGCUGGUACUACUGGUAGCGAUGAACAGCUCGUGCGUGGCAUUCGGUUACGCUGUCUCGUGUAUCUGCCGUCGCGUGGACAUCGCCCCCAUUGUGGGCAACAUCGUCAUCAUGCCCCUACUUCUGCUUGGAGGCAUGUUUGUAGACCCGGAGCGAGUCCCCGCCAUGUUCCGCUGGCUGGAGCUCGUGACCCCCUUCAAGUACGGCUACUUCGGCUUCAUGCGCGCGUUCUGGCGCAACGUCGCCAACAUCCCAUGCAAUCUACAAGACGCAACAGCAGACUGCACCCCGAUGACAGGACACGACGUGCUACAGGACUACAACAUCCCCGACCAGUCCGUCUGGGGCGACGUGUGGAGUUUAAUUGGCCUGAGUCUGUUUUUCCGAGCACUCGGCUUCAUCGCCCUGCACUUCAGCCUUCGCCACAAGUUGAGCUAG